UGUAACUAGUUUGAAUUUGCAUUCCUCUGAACUUGCCUUGAAACUAAACUACCUUGGAACACAAGGCAUGUGUCCCCUUCAAUUGCUUGCUAGCCUUCUGUCGACCAAGUUCAACAAUAUUGCAAUAAGCAUCCGUUGGUUUCAGUCUUGACUCUAGAGUUGAUUGCCUAUAUUCAAUAUCAUUAUGUGAUUGUGAUCAAUAGGUUUCUGUGACUUGUUUUGUUUGCUAGAGAAAAUCCUUCAAGAAUAUGAAUGGCAAAUGAUUUAGACUCGUUUUUAUAAUCCUCAGAUGGAGCUCUGAAAUUUUGCACUCAAAUACUUGCUAGUUUUCAUUACAGUCAUGUGUUCUUUCCCUUGAGAUCUAUUUCCAUAUGUUGUGAGGUUUUUUACAGGACUGCAUUUGGGUCAAAAUUCUGGAACUAGUCCUAGAAAAUUAUUAACUUUCAAUGGAGCAUAUACAUUUGUUUGCUCUCAGAAAUGAAAAUUUAUUGAUAGGAAGAACUAAGGUAUUGCCAUUAUUGAAGUUUUCCUGAUAUAAUACCAAAAUAUGGUAGGAUGUGCCUAGGAUAGUAUCAUACUACAAAGUAGUUGGAGCACUUACUAUUGAUCCUUUUUCGUAUUUAUGCCAUUUCCAACUCCGGGCCAGUAACCUUGUGGGGUGCUUGAAAAAAUUGCAAAGAAGGUGCCUGUCUUCAAUAUUUGAUGAGUACCAGAGGUUCGCUGCAGCAAAAGCUAGAGUAUCAGAUCAAAGGUUUAUAGAGUUGUUUGAUAUUUCGAGCUUGAACUGUGUGGAAGGCAUUAGAGAGUCCAAAGUUUAAGAUAUCCUUGUAGGUUAGAGGUGGUGAAUGUUAUUUUGUUACUUUCCUUUCCAUUAAACACUAGGCAUUGUGGGUGAGACUUGUUUCUUUCUAAACAAAGUUGAAGAAAGCUUACGCCAUUAUCAUUAAACUAAAAUAUACUCCUCCUACCGUAUAUGCCUAAUAAUAACAUUUUCUCACAGGCAAGGUAUUAUUGUUGCCUAUACUUUGUAUUAAGGGGAAAAGGUAAAGUUACUAGGAAAUUUAAUUUACUUCUAUUGCGUGACAUAUGACUUGUCAAGAUUUAUUUCUAAUUCCAAAAUGUGAAAGGAGAAGCAUGCAAGCAACCAAAAUGGUAGGAUAGUCAGUUAUAUCUUUUAAUUUGUCCAAUGUCCAUGGCGCAUAUUGGCAUACAAGUAAUUGUUUCUUUAUAUUCUCUAUCAUAUGGAAGGAACUCCUUUUCAACAAGUGAAUGGGCCUAAAGAUGAAAAUAAACUUUAAAAAUUGUUGCAGUUAUAGCUUGCUUUAGGAGUUGUCAUGGAUUCAAGAUUUAUUUCUAAUUCCAAAAUGUGAAAGGAGAAGCAUGCAAGCAACCAAAAUGGUAGGAUAGUCAGUUAUAUCUUUUAAUUUGUCCAAUGUCCAUGGCGCAUAUUGGCAUACAAGUAAUUGUUUCUUUAUAUUCUCUAUCAUAUAGAAGGAACUCCUUUUCAACAAGUGAAUGGGCCUAAAGAUGAAAAUAAACUUUAAAAAUUGUUACAGUUAUAGCUUGCUUUAGGAGUUGUCAUGGAUCCAAGGUAAGGAAUAAAAGUUGGAGUGGACUCAUAUGAAUAAAGCAGCAUAUCAGAUCAUGUAGCUAUUUUUUCAACAUCUAUCUUUUCCUGGUCAUUAUUUGAACUCCAAGAACAAACAAAACCCAAAACAAUUCUCUCGCUAAAAUGGCACUAAGCAACAAUGUUAUCGGUGCGAUCAACUUCGCUGCCAUGCUUCUCUCCAUUCCAAUAAUAGGAGCUGGGAUAUGGCUUGCGAUGGAACCAGACAACUCUUGUGUCAAGAUUCUACAAUGGCCUGUCAUUAUUUUGGGGAUAUUGAUUUUGGUAGUUGCUUUGGCAGGGUUUGUUGGAGCUUUUUGGAGAAUUCCAUGGCUCCUCAUCUUUUAUCUAAUUGCAAUGCUCAUCCUUAUAAUAUUGCUUGCUUGUUUAGUGGUUUUCAUCUAUAUGGUUACCGUCAGGGGCUCAGGUCGCCCUGCACCCAGUAGAGCCUACUUGGAAUAUCACUUUGAUGAUUUUUCAGGAUGGCUUCGAAGAAGGGUUCAAAGUUCUUACAAGUGGGAUCGAAUAAGAAGCUGCCUUAGUUCAACAGAUAUGUGUUCUGAGUUGAACCAGAUAUAUCGCAUGGCUCAAGAUUUCUUUAAUACUCGUAUAACCCCCUUGCAGUCAGGAUGCUGUAAGCCGCCUACAGGAUGUGGGUAUACCUUUGUGAACCCAACGUAUUGGAUUAGUCCCAUAAACAAUGCUGCAGACAUGGACUGCCUCAAGUGGAACAAUGACCAAAACCAACUUUGCUACAACUGCGAUUCCUGCAAGGCCGGAUUGUUGGCUAAUCUGAAAAAAGAAUGGAGAAGAGCAGAUAUUAUAUUGCUCAUUACACUCAUUGCUUUGAUAUGUGUAUAUUUGAUAGGUUGCUGUGCCUUCAGGAAUGCCAAAACGGAAGAUCUAUUUCGCAGAUACAAGCUAGGUUAUACAUAAGUAUUCAAUUGGGGUGCAACUGGGAUUAGUUUUUAUAGUGCUUUUAAUAAUUUUAUUUACAAUAAGUCAUCCUUUUCUUGUUUCCAGUUGAUUACAGUGUGCUGUCGCAGAAUUUAUGCUCUUA